AUGACACAGACGCAUUUAUUUCCGAAUAAGGUAACUAGAUUUUGCGAGCGUCAAAUUCGACGUGGCACGCUAGAUUUAUGCCUUACAAUUCCGCUCGAAUAUAUUCAUAAGGAAGCAAAUGCGACCGUUACCGCGGCGCUUUUCGCAUUUUCCCAUUUUCCACCUUCCACCUCUAUGUUUCGCCCAAUCAACAACCCCUCGGGUUCGCCAUUUUCCGUGUCUCCGUCUAGAGUGCGGCGCGCGAAGGUGCCACAAGAUGGACUGUUCCGGGGAAUUUCCUUAAAAAAAAAAUACAAAAACAAUCUAGUAAGCCGCGCGUGUCGAUGUUUCGUUUUGUUUUUCGUUUUGACGUUUUCACACACACGGAUUGCUAGAUUUAUACUUCGAGCACAAAAGCUCUUCCGAGGAUUACAAAUCGACGAAAUACACGAAGAAUAA